AUGGCUUCCAGAAACAAAGUGCUGGCUGCAUCUUGUCACUGUCGCAGUGUACAAUUUACUAUUACUCUGCCCACUGAUUCCUUGCCCCUCAAGGUACAUCUCUGCCAUUGCAGCAUUUGUCGCCACACACAUGGUACAUUGUGCACCUUUCAUGCUGGAUUACCCUCUGGGAUUGAGCCACAAUUUAUCGCCCCAUCCAGCUUACAGAAGCUGACUGGCUAUCAACAUGCGACUUCACUAUCAACGAGAUAUUUUUGCAGUACCUGUGGCUGUCAAAUUGGGGACCAAAUCCAUGAAGAUGGUAGCUGGGUCAUCUCCAACGCGAUAUUUGAUGCCAACAAAGCAGAUCAUGGAAUAUGGAAGUUCGCAACUCAUCUAUACCCAGAUUCCACUCGCGACGGGGGACUGUCCGCCCUAGUCCCCACAGUCGAUAAUCACCAUCUGGAGUUAAUCAACGACACAAAGGAUUCCUCGCAGCCCAUAGAAGAUACAUUACCAAUGGACGGUAACAGCACCACAGAACUGCUUGCACAAUGUCACUGCGGUGGUGUAUCGUUCACUAUAGCCCGACCAAAAGCCGAAUAUAUCGCCAGCCCAGCAAGCCAAAAUUGGCUUCACCCGCAAGACAAGAGGAAAUGGUUAGCCUGUAUGGAUGUUUGCGAUGAUUGUCGAUUGGUAAAUGGCACGCAUGUCAUCGGGUGGACUUUUGUCCCAUUGGACCACAUCUCACCUAGGCCAUCCUCUAAUCUACUGAUUGGGUCGGCCAAGGCCUAUCGAUCCACCCCGGACGUGUUAAGAACCUUCUGUGGCACAUGUGGCGCAACCGUUUUCUAUAAUUGUGCAGACAGGCCAGAGAUAGUGGACGUGGGGGUUGGAUUGUUACGGGCACCUGAAGGAGUUAUGGCUGAAAAUUGGGUGUUAUGGAGGGCAGGUCGAGUCUCAUGGGCGGAAAAUGGGCUGCGAUACCAUGCAGGGUUCUGCCACGGAUUGAUUGAGGGGAUGAAGCAGUGGGGGGCAGAGCGGGACCAACCGCAAGAUUUUGUCAUUCUAUGA